AAUGAUCUUUUUUCACUUUCUUACUUUCAAAACUCAAAACCCUAUCAGGGUUAGGGUUUUGAUUUGAUUAGAUCUGUGUUUGCAAUUGUUACUUUUUAGCGUUGUAAAGUUAAAGAUUACUUGGCAAUUUUGUCGAAAACUUCACUGAAUAGUUGGUAUUUUUUAGGGUUUCGAUUAUUGAGCUUAUCGAAACUGAAUCUAGUGAUAAACUGUGUGUUUAUAGACUUAAUUCGGUCAAAAUCCUUGAGGGUUUUGUAAUUUAUAGAGAAUUGAUCAGUGAUUAAGUCGUAGUGGUAGUUUUUGUUCCGUUGAUAAGUGAUUUAGGAAGAUGCAAUCUAGAAGGCAUGAAGAUCAUAUGACGAUGUCAACAUCAUCGAAACUACGUAAUCAACAUGGAAAAAGUGGCAUGGGUCAUGACCCAUAUCUGGUUUCGCGUCACGAUGCACCCGAUAGGUCUCGGAGGAGUGUGAGUCCGCAUAAGGUAGAUGGUUCUAGGAGGAUUUCAGAUGGGCAAAGGACAAGUGGAUCGAUUGAGAGGAGGGAUUACGGUUGGAAUAUAGGUGGAGGAAGGACCGAAAAGGUCCGUUCAAAGUCACCGCCUCAGUACAGGAUAUUGCAUAAAAGGCCUCAGUUUGACGAUGAUGGUAUGCCUAGGAAAUAUGGUUAUCAUGAAGAUUUGGAUUUUGAUCAUGGUACAAACUCUAGGUUGAAGCCUGUUUAUGGGUAUGAUCAUGGUAGUUCAAGAGUUAGUAAAGAGAAGGAUUAUAACGAAAACAGGAUUGUGGAAAUUGAUGGUCAUGGAAUGUUAAGUGAGAAAUCAGUGCUACCGGAAGAGGGCGAGAUAAGGGGAUCAUAUCAGUUGCCUCCAGAUAAAGGUCAUGCAAAAAAUUAUGGUGAGCAUGGUGGAAGUAUACCACUGUCAUCUCGGAGCAUGAAUAUUGGUCGGUUUGAGCAUGAAAAGCUUCAGUAUAGAGAGCCAAUACCAGAUGCCUACAAAGCAGAAGAGAAACCCUUGUAUCUUUCAAGGGAUAAGUUCGCAGGAACUGAAUCCUACAUUGGAAAGGAGAAACCUAUGUAUCACUCCAGAGAUGUUGUGUACACUACUGUGCCAUCAGGGAAUUCUAAAGAUUUCUUGAGCAACUCCCAAUACAAAGUGGGCUCCUCUUCAGGAACAGCAAUGAGUGAGUUUCCAGUUUCUUACCAGGAUGAUGUGACCUUGCCUACUUCGGAUGGAUAUCCAAGAAGUAGUAUAAAACUAACAGAAUCUACUGGUUUUAAUGCGUAUAGGCAAAGGCCACUUGUGGAUACUUUGAGAAACACUGAAGCUGAAGUAAGAAACUUGACGUAUUACCAGCAUGGGGCAUAUAGCCCCUCCAGGACUGAGCGUGAGGAUUAUAAGUAUCCUAAAACCAGAUUGUUAGCAAAUGAUGAUCGAGGAUAUCUGUCUGAUGAUUUACGCAGAAUGAUAUCUCCACACACUCGACUAGAGUAUGAUAAUGCACUUAAGGAUUACGAUCAUAGAGAUUUGCCAAGAGCAAGUAAUAUGCUCCCAGUUGUAGACAGGAUCGAUAACCCAGAGCUUUCUUUGAGAAGGAGCAGUGCAUUAGACCAUCCUACUUUACAAAAGCAGACAGUUUCAGACUACAUUGAUAUGAGCCGAAAAUCAUAUCCAUUAAAGCAAAGUGAGGAGUAUUUGAAUCCUGGAUCUACUCAUGCGGAGUUUGAGAAGACACUGCCCCACAACUAUGGAAUAUCACAUUUGGGUGUACCACAGGAUCGUCAAAUCUCAUAUAUAAGAUCAGAUUACGCUUUUGGGAGAGAUCCAGGUCCAGAGAUUCAGAAAGAAAGAUUGCAAAGUUCUUCUGACCUACUAUAUGAUUCAGAAAGGCACAAACUUGCUGUAAGAACGCGGAGAAUUAAGGAAGGGGAGCUUGGCAUACAUGAGCCAUCUGAAAAUGUUUUUAAAAGGAAACAUAGCUUGGAGGAUGACAUAUAUAGGCAUAAUGAUAGAAUUAUUAUGUCAAGCAAAAGGAACAUACCUGAAGAGUUUGAGGAUCUAUAUGGGAGUGAUGAGGAGUAUUUUGAAGAAGAUAUGAGUGGUGUACACUUUCCAAAGACUCGGAGAUUUAACGACAAUGAAUACAGAAAGACUGGAAGGUCAUAUGAUGGUCGAGAACAUCCUGGAAAUUAUGCAUCUGAUGAUUGGUUCUCUUCCCGAGAUUCUUUGGCAAAUUCAAAAAGGUAUUCAGCCAGAUUUUAUAAGCCUAAUAGCAGAUAUGUAAAGGAUCAUACAAGACCUGUUUCUUUAGGAUGGCAUAACUCAUACCAUAGUGAUAGAAGAAGUGGCCUUUAUAAACAGCACAAACUUUGGAAAAAAAAUAAGGAUUAUGAUGAGGAUGUGCAUGAUAAUGAUGGGGACAAAUCAGAGGAUUGGUUGAAUCUUGCGGAGUCGGAGCCGUCAGAAGAUUCUGAGGAAUUCAAACAAUUGGCACAUAAAGCCUUCUUAGAGUACUCUAAAAGGUUGAAUGUGAAUUCAUCUGUUCGAAGAAGAUACCAGGAGCAAGGAAAAGCUGGUAGUUUAUUCUGCAUUGCAUGCGGCAGAAGCAUGUCAAAGGAGUUUGCAAACACUCAACGCUUGGUAACACAUACCUUUAUGUCUCACAAGGUUGGGUUGAGAGCACAGCACCUGGGUCUUCACAAAGCGAUAUGUAUUUUGUUAGGGUGGAGUAGUGAUGUGCCCCAAGAAACAAUAACAUGGGUUCCAGAGGUCUUGUCUGAUGAAGAAGCUAUGGCUGCCAAGGAGGAUUUGAUCCUCUGGCCUCCAGUUGUUAUCAUCCGCAACAUCUCUAUGUCAAACAACAAUCCAAAAGAACAGAAAGUCAUACCUAUCGAAGGGGUUGAGGCCUUUAUAAGAGGUAAAGGUAUUGUUGGGGGAAAAAUUACCGUGUGCCUGGGGAGGCCUGCUGACCAAAGUAUUAUGGUGGUGAAGUUCUUGGGAACAUUUUCUGGACUGGCAAAUGCAGAGAAGCUUCAUAAGUAUUUUGCCGAGAAUAAGCAGGGGAGAAAAGAUUUCAACCGAUUAAUCAACAAUGGCAAAGGCAUCAACAUUGCUGAAACCAGAAUGCCAGGAGACAAAGUGGAGGAACACCUGCUGUACGGAUACAUGGGCAUUUCAGAGGAUUUGGAUACCGUGGAUUAUAAUACCAAGAAAUAUUGUGUUAUAAAGAGCAAGGCGGAGAUUAUGGACUUGGCGAACGCCCCUGUCAAACCCAACGAUAGUUAAGCCAAUUGGAAAGAUUUACUUGAGGGUGGAGCUGGAAUUAUAUGUUCCUAGUCAAGAGAUUCCUUCCUCUGUAUGCUCUUUCCUUUGUAUUGUUAUUGCUCUACCUUAAGUAACGUAUACAGAAGUGAAACUGAAAACUUCUUAUUAUCAUCCGCUACUAAUUUCUUAAGUAUUUUGCUACAUGUAUUAGGGUGACCUUUGGGGAUUCCCUUGAAUGAAUUCGAUUAUUCUACCUCUUUAAUUCUCA